AUGGGGAAUUUUUGUUUUCAAGAAGAAAUAGUUUAAAAUGAUGUAGUUAAAUUAAAAUUUGAUGAAGAUGAUUCCUUAGCAACAGCUAUCUCUAUUUAAGGUAGAGAAACAAAGUAAUUGGCCAAAUUAUCCGAUUUUAAGAAAUUAAAAAUGCUAGGUUAAGGAGCAUAUGGAAGAGUUAUACUUGUUGAAUACUAUAAAAAUGAAAGACAAAAGUUAUAUGCAAUGAAGAUAUUGGAAAAAAAAAAUAUAAGGAAGGAAUCAUAAAUUAGGCAUGUAUUAGAUGAAAGAAAAAUAUUAGAGAAAGCAGAUUCAAAUUUUGUUGUGAAGUAAUUUUCUUAUUUAUAUUUAUAGACUCAGGUAUGCAUUCUAAAAUAAUACUCGUCUCUAUUUUAUAGUUGAUUAUAUGGCAGGAGGAGAUUUUUAUUAUCAUAUUAAAUCUUAACCAAGUGUUCCUGAUCACUUUAUUAAAUUUUAUUCUGCAGAAAUAAUAUUUGGCUUACAACACUUACAUUCUUUGAAUGUAAUAUAUAGAGAUCUUAAACCAGAGAAUAUACUUGUAAGUGAAUCUGGACACAUCAAAUUAUCUGAUUUUGGUCUUUCUAAAAUUCUUGAAGAUUAUAAUUAAAAAGCUAAAACUUGUUGUGGAACAAUAGAUUAUUUGGCACCAGAAGUAUUAGAUAAUGAAGGAUAUACUUUUACUUGUGAUUUUUAUAGUCUAGGAUGUUUAAUUUAUGAGAUGUAUUUUGGGAAACCUCCUUUUUACAGUAGAGAUAAAAAAUAAAUGAUGCAGAAUAGAAGUGUCAGAUUAGUGCCUUUUUUAGAAUUAUGCUCGAAAGAUGCAAGAGAUUUGCUAACGAAACUUCUUGAAAUUGAUGUAUGAUAUUUAUGAUGAAAUAAGCCAAAAAAAAGAUUAGGAAGAAAGGGAGCUUAGCAAAUUUUAGAUCAUGCAUUUUUUAAAGAUUUAGAAUUAAAAAAGAUGUAGGAUUUAUAAAUUCAGGCACCCAUCACUUUAAUAAAACCAAAUAAUUUAGAUUUUAGAAUUUUUAAAGAAAAAAUACCAAAGACUCAAUCAAAUAAAGAAAAUCUUAAGAUAUUUGAAGGAUUUACGUAUUUUCAGAAAGAGAGUCAAGAUUAAUGA